AUGGCCUCGGGCCAUUUCUUUUGGGCCAUAUUUUACUUCGCUUGCCUGUGCAGUGCAUCACUUGCCAACAAUGCCAAAGUUAACUUUCGCGAGAAGGAAAAGAAGAUUCUAGAUCAAAUUCUGGGCGCCGGCAAGUACGACGCACGUAUCCGACCGUCGGGCAUCAACGGAACCGACGAUAAGGCCACACAGGUGUACGUCAACAUGUUCCUAAGAUCGAUCUCAAAAAUCGACGAUUACAAAAUGGAGUACAGUGUACAGCUCACGUUCCGAGAACAGUGGCUGGACGAACGAUUAAAGUUCGAUGACAUCGGAGGCCGCUUAAAGUACCUUACACUGACCGAAGCAAACCGUGUGUGGAUGCCUGACUUGUUCUUCUCGAACGAGAAGGAAGGUCACUUCCACAACAUCAUUAUGCCGAACGUCUAUAUCCGUAUCUUCCCGUACGGAUCGGUACUAUAUAGCAUACGUAUUUCACUCACGUUGGCCUGCCCGAUGAAUCUCAAGCUGUACCCACUGGAUCGUCAGGUGUGCUCGCUGCGUAUGGCAAGUUAUGGUUGGACGACGGCCGAUCUAGUGUUUCUGUGGAAGGAGGGCGAUCCUGUGCAGGUGGUGAAGAACCUGCAUCUGCCCCGGUUCACGCUGGAGAAGUUCUUGACCGAUUACUGCAACAGCAAGACCAACACCGGUGAAUACAGUUGCCUGAAGGUGGAUCUGCUGUUCAAGCGCGAGUUCUCGUACUAUCUGAUCCAGAUCUACAUCCCCUGCUGCAUGUUGGUCAUCGUGUCCUGGGUCUCGUUCUGGCUCGAUCAGGGCGCGGUACCGGCCCGGGUAUCGCUCGGCGUUACGACACUGCUAACGAUGGCGACGCAAACGUCGGGCAUCAACGCAUCGCUACCGCCCGUCUCCUACACGAAAGCCAUCGACGUGUGGACCGGCGUCUGUUUGACGUUCGUGUUCGGGGCACUGCUCGAGUUUGCCCUGGUCAACUACGCGUCCCGUUCAGCGGAUAGGGCAGCAGACAUGCACCGAGAGAAUAUGAAGAAAAAGCGCCGCGAAAUGGAACAGGCCAGCCUGGACGCGGCCUCGGAUCUGCUGGACACCGACAGUAACGCCACCUUUGCGAUGAAACCGCUGGUGCGCCACCCCGGCGAUCCGCUCGCACUGGAGAAGCUUCGCCAAUGCGAAGUGCACAUGCAGGCCCCGAAGCGGCCAAACUGCUGCCGUAGCUGGCUGUCAAAGUUCCCAACCAGCCCCUUCAAAAAGGUGCCGUGUCUGGGACGAGGACAAUGCUCGCGCUCGAAGCGCAUCGACGUUAUCUCCCGGAUAACGUUCCCGCUGGUGUUUGCCCUGUUCAACCUGGUCUACUGGAGCACCUAUCUCUUCCGCGAAGAGGAGGAGGACUAAGCGCGUACAGCUGCAACCCCGUACUAAUGUUAGCACGUAGACACCCCACGUAGCAGAGUAGCACAACCAUGUCCACCCUCCCUCUAAAGUGAUCGGUUCCAGCAAACCCCCGGCUCCGUACACCCCUCCCCAGCUGAACGGGUGUGAGAUGACACCGAAUGCAGAACAACCAAAAUGCAAGGUUGACAGCGCGCAGCCAACGCUUACUUGCCCACGGUUUGCUGGCGGUGUAGCAUAAACGGUCGCCCCAGGCAACACACAUACCAGUCAAUCGCUCAAGCAACAGUCAUAAAUGCACAUACAGUCUACGUUCGUGCCGUAAAUACGCAUGGCGACAAAUGUUACGCACAGUUUCACAUCAGCACCGCAGAAUAAGCUCAGUAUAUCAGUAUCCACAAAAAACAACAGCAACAGAUCAAGCAUGCCUGUUAAUAUGUAGCGCAUAGUUCAGUUAUAGCAGAAAAUCACCUACCGGAGAGAAAUAGAACAAUUACCGCCUAGCCAAAAUACAGUUUCAACUGCACAGCAGUAAGCAACACUUCUAGUUGCCAAUUCUUCUGGUGAGCUGUUUGUUGAUCAGGUUUAGUUAGACUACAGUACAGUACCCCAAUACCAUACAGAACACAUAGGGAAUGGUGAAAUCAUAUUCUUCAAACAGGUUCUAAUUUACCACAAAAAGAUAGUUAUGUUAUGCGAGUUGCAUACUUUCGGGCGGAUUACUUUUAUGUAGUGAACAACUUGCAUUGGGUGGAUUAUUGCGCUCCUUUUCUUCAUCUUAUUGGGAUAAUUUCAACUGCAGACACGAUAACACAGUGUCCUGCCCAGUCACAGCAGUAACACGCACACCUACCAUAUACCCAAUGCUGCCAAUUUGCUCGGUUUCUUCGGUAGUUUGGACAGAUAGUGCCUUUAGCUUGAAUUAGUUUAUCUUUUGAUUCGGGUAAGCUCAACAUCAACCCCCAGUUUUCUAUUAGUAUUUCACGGACAAAGAAGGAAGGUACUGUACACGCACUUUAAUCACACACAGAGAUAUACGCAUAGCAUACUCACCCACACUCAGUGUACGUCCCGAUCUCAUUAAGCUAGUGCCAUAGUUGUUAAAACAUUUGCGGUUGUGAAUGCGGACCGGGACAUACAUACACACAUACCUACAUGGACGAGGUUCGAUCUUUGCCUACCAUUGAAUCCCGUUUCUGUCUUCAUUCAUUCGUUCGUUCAUAAAGAAAAUCUUGUUCGAAAAUUGCACUUUGCACCAAGAAAUGUUUUCUUUUCUUUUGUUCUAUCGAACUGUUCUAAGAACUGAAAUGCGAAAUACAACAUAUGUGCGUGCUUUUGUUUUUUUCUCUUCUUUUUCCCCUUUUUGUGGCAUUCUUCGUUAAUUUUUGCGCUUAGCAAAACAAAACCCACAAAAAAUAGUAAAACUACCAAUAUACCACAGUAAGUUCACUGUAGAUGCGUUUCAGGACGCAGUCCAACACUAGUACGUGCUGUUAAGCGUGCAAAAGUGUAUGGCAAAACCAAUGGUUUGGUAUUUUUGUACUGAGAAAAAAGCGCAUAAAAAUGUAAAAAAACUCUAUGUGCGAAAACAAGCAAAAGAAAACAAUGUUCUUUCAUAAGCUAUAUCCAAAACAAAACAAAAACACACAAACACUCAAUUUAAAUACGCAUAUUACUAAUGCCAGCGCGCAUGGAAGGAGUCGCCACACAAAAUAACACAAUGCAAACAAUCGUAUAAACUAUUCGCGAAGCAGGAAGAAUAAAUAGUUCACCAGUUUUCUUAAACGUAUAAAGGCACUAGGCAAAAAAACACAACAACAACAACACACCCACACACACAGAAGCAAGUGAAACACGAGGUAACACUAGACAGAAGAGAAGUUUAAUGUAGUGGAUUAAAUUAAAACAAGGGGGAAACUCUUUAAAAAAAUUACAGGGUCAUAGCUAUUUGUUGGCACGAAAGCACAACAUUAAGUAAAAUCGAGAUUCUAUCAUCACCGCUAAACAGAUUGCUAACUGAUAAACGUAAAAGAUCGUGUGUAAAUUAUAAGCAACAAAAUGAAUCACAGAAAAAGAAAAAAAUCUAUCCCAAAAGCAUAACUGACAAAAAAAACAGCUACACAAAAAACAUCGGCACGAGCAAGACAUAAAACACACACACGGUCACAUAGGGGAUAAAAUUUAGUAUAGUAAGCGAAAGACAUGUCAAACAAAUCGAACGAAGAUUAUUUUAGAUGUUAUUAAAUGGUAGAGUAUGUAUACUUUACUGUGCUAAUUGUGCGAAUGUGUGCGUAUGCGAAUGGAAAAUGAACGGAAAAUGAAUGUGUGUGAGCAUUUAGAGGAUAAAAUAGACGCAGAAAGUGAAAGUGGAAAAAAAACAAAACCAAGGUAGACAUACAAAGCUGACGCGAACAUGGUUGGAGGAUAGUGGAAGCAAGAAUCGUACCGAAGCAUAAAUGGAACAGCUAGUUGAAUGGCGUGUUAAAGCAUUACUGAAUCAAAAACAAACAAAAAAAAAACAAACAAAAAACAACCAAAACUGAAAACUGUUCUCUGUAGUGUUUUUUUCUAAGUACCCAGCAACAACAAGAAAACUUUGCUAGAAAGAGAAGGGAGGAAAACUUUAAGCAAAAUCUAGAUCCCAGCCAUUCGAGGAGCUGCGUUAUGUGGUUGCAAGUGUUUUUAUAUGAAAUUUUAAACGUAUUUUCUAGAUCAAAACGCUCUAGGGACGAAUCCUGGCGCGAUCCGGCCUGGGUGUGAAGGAGAACGGAAACGGUGAGAAUGGAAAGGUUGGGAAGUACGGAAAGUACGCGAGAGUUGGAACUAGAAAUAAUCUUCUUCAUGCGCCAGUUAGGUUGAGGUGUCUGUUUUCUAUUCUUUUGUUUGUUGAACAUUUUCCACAUAACAAACAAAACUAAAUCCACCAUUUUGGGGGUCACGGACAUCCGGGUUCCGGAGUCGGAUCGGAAUUUCUGAGCGUUUGCAAGGCGUCUCGGGGAGAAUCGAUACACAAGCUGGUAGUUUAUUCGUUUCUCGGAAUGUUUAAACGAUAGAAUGUUUCUUUUAAUUUGUGUCGUGCUAUAGGUUUGCAACAUUUCAAACACAGAUUCGUCGAAAUUCGUCGCUUCGAUGAGCGAACCGCGAACGGUUUGCGAAGCGAAAACAAAUCGAAUUUCCCAAACACUAAGCUGUACAGUUCGAAUCGGGUUGUGGUUAUAUUUUGCCGUUGCCGUGGCGACCGUUGUAGGGUUCCGCCCGCCCCGGACUGAAAUAUUUCCAUUUCAUAAUGAAAGAUUUCAUGCACGCGUGCGAGCGCACGUGUGCGGCCGUUGUACGGUGAAUGUGGCCUUUCCUUCCGUUUCUUGGCCGGCUCAUCGGAUUUUAGACAAGCAAAGCGAAACGAAAGCUCACCCUGUCCGGCAUGAAGGCGAUAUUUUGUUUGAAAAUGUGUUGUGAGGUGUGUUUAUACGCAUACGGUUUAUAUGCCGCUGUUCCCGCGCACAGCACACUGUAUCACAACUAGCGAACGGAAACAGCAAGCAGGUAGUGACUCUGUAAGAGCAAACAGUGUGCACGGAAGAGCUACGGCCCACAUGGCAAACAAAACUGUUGUAUCGCUAAUCGUGUGUAAUAAACAAUCAAAGUGAAAAUCUUAUCUACGUAAAUAUGACAAAAAAACGGUGUCAAAACAAUCUGUCUAUAAACAUAAAAGCUGUAGAUUUUCCUACGUGACGUGUUGGUGUUAAGUGGGGUGACGGAUAGAAGAAGAAAGUAGAAGGAAAAAAAACCCUUGUAACUGUGGUGCUGUGCAUUAAAAUGAAAAAAAAAAAUAAACAAACAACACAAGAUUUUAACGAACAUGUUAUUCGUACCGGAGGCGAAUCCCAUUACACCGAGAACCACUCACGGCCUAGCUGGGUUGGUUCGUCCGAAACCGAAAUUAUGAAGCAGAAUCUACCGAUAGCAGCUAAUUAUAUUAAAGACGUACGACGAGCCGUUACCCACACACACACACACAAUUGGCAUCUUCCAAUCUGUUCUGCCACUGUUGCCACUUUACACGGGCGAAAAGGUCUCCGGGCGAGAGAUCUCCACUGAAAUACCAUCAUGCAAGAUGUUGUCCAUUACGAAGCCUAGAAGCGAACUAACGAUAUUACACUUUAAAAAAAAAACAAAACAGAAAAAAAACAAUCUCCCAGCAAACCUUUCUCGCUGGCAAGAGCAAAACACACA